AUGUCGACCGGCGAAGAGUGGACCGCCGACGCCAACGACGCAGUCACCAUCUCCUUGGUGCAGCCCACCGAGUCCGGCCCCAAGAAGAUCGAGUCCUUCAACCCCAAGUUCACCUACGCCAUCUUCGGCGAGGAGGAGCGCAUUUUCGGAUACAAGGGUCUCCGGGUCAACCUCUCCUACAAUGCCAGUGACAUGCGCCCGAACCUGGCCGUGUCGUCGGCCAGGAAAUUCCAGACUGUCAGCGAGGUGCAGGCUGACGAUGUCGUCGGCACUCUGAAGGAGUUCCUCCCCGAAGUCGCCUUCCAGAAGAAGUCCGACUACGAUCUCGCCCUCAAGCAGACACCCAAGGACUGGACCCCGCCGGGCGAGCUCAUUGAGACCAUACAACGCGAUGGCGACACAUACGAAGUCUGGAAGGGCAGCCUGGCGGAUGCUGCCGUCAAGCAGCUGGUGAAUCGCAUUCAGAUCCUCGUCCUCUUCUUCAUCGAGGGAGGCUCGUACGUCGGGCAGGACCCCGAAGGCCAGGACGAGCCGGACUAUUCGCUGGCCAGGUGGUCCGUCUACUUCCUCUACAAGAAGCAGUCUGCGGCAGAGGGUCAAUCCCAGUACAUCUUCCAAGGCUACUCGACAGUCUACCACUUCUGGCUGUUUGAGCCUCUGACGCCCCCUGCGUCGCCCACCAACAAACCCAUCGAGCCCAAGGUGGACGACACCUGGGAGCUCCCCCAAGAGGACUUGCCCUACAAGCAGAUGUCCCACCGCUCGAGGAUAUCACAGUUCGUCAUCCUUCCUCCCUUCCAGGGCAGGGGUGCUGGUGCCAUGCUGUACAACACCAUCUUCCAACUCCAGUCCAAAGAUGCAGCUACAAAAGAAGUCACAGUCGAAGAUCCCAACGAGGCCUUUGACCUCCUGCGUGACCUUUGUGACAUGAAGUACUUGCGCAAGAACGUCCCCGAGUUUGCCGAGCUUUCCAUCACCCCGGAUAUUUCCGUCCCGCAGAAGGGCGGAAUUCUACACCACAACCUCCAGAUUACACACGCCAACAGUGCCACUUCGGCCAAGAGUAUCCUCGAUAUCGAUGCUCUCGAAGCCCUCCGAGUACGCACCAAGAUCGCGCCGCGCCAGUUCUCCCGUCUGGUGGAGAUGCAUCUCAUGUCUAAACUGCCCCUCUCCGUGCGCCCCCUACCUGACACCUCGGAUAUGGGCCCGCCGAAAGGAAAGCCCUCGGCGGCCGACCAGACCAUGUACACCCUGUGGCGCUUGAUUUUGAAGCAACGGCUUUACCGCCGCAACGCCACCAUCCUAGGUGAGUUCGAGGUGACAGAGCGCAUCAUCAAGCUCAACGAGACCCUGGAGAACGUCGAGUGGGAGUACGCCCGUAUCCUGGAGCGGCUGGAUGCGCCUCGACCCGGCGCCCUGGAGAACGGCGACGCCGUGGCAAGCGGGAAGAGAAAACUGGAGGACGAGACCAAUGGCGCGGGCGGCAGCAGCAAGAAGGCGAGAGUGGAGGAUGCCUGA